UGAGUGGGAAAUAUCCAGGAUUGGAGCAUACAGCAAGCUGUGUUCUGUGGUGGAAGUUCUUCAGGUUGAGGGAUGUAGUCCUUGAGAUAUGGAUCUAAAUCAAUUUUGCAAAAGAGAUCGAGCAUCUCGCUACGUCCUGAAUCAUGAUACCCGACGAGAUAAGAGAUGGAAAGCAUAUUGAUUCUCAGCGGGAGCCAGAUGCAUCAUCUAAACACCGGCGAGCACGCUACCCCGGUGUUAUUAUCGAGGUGUGCUAUUCACAAAAAGGUCGAUGUGUUUCGCACUUAGCGAAUGAAUACAUCUUAAACACUGAUGGGAGCGUGAACGCGGUGGUGGCCCUCUAUAUCGAUUAUAAAGGGUCCAAAAAGCGACUAUUACUGUAUGGCGACCGGAAUACGCAACCUCGGAUGGUAAGGAGGAGCUUCAAGCGACCGCUACUAUCGAGGCGCUGCUUUGUGACUUCCUUUCCCGCGCCAAAAAAGAACAGCCAGGGCAGAUGCUACUGCAGGGCUCUAUCAAUUGACUACGCCCGGGAGCUGGAAAGCGUCGUCGGCCUCAAACUCCGCCGGAACAGCCAAGCUCGGAAGAUGAAGGAUAAGUUGCGAGGAAAAGGGAAACUAAACGAGGGCGUCGAAGCAGCGAUUUUUUCCCGGACUCUUCGUCAGGGGAUUCGAAGG